AUGACAUGCGCUAUGGACUGGACAUACGUUGGGCGCGACCCCACGUUCUACGACGUGUGGGUGGCACGUACAUUGCGCGGCGAUCUGUUCUUCGAUAUCCCGUCCGACGGUUCGUGGGACAGCGCGUGGAACCUGCUCUGGAACGACGCGGAGGCUAGGGAGAGGUUUGGGCGCACUCUGCCGUUUCAAGUGUAUGCAUGCUGGAAUGGAGCGGUGGCAUUUGGGGCGGCGCCGGUACUCGGUCUGGGGACGUCGGUUAACGACGUAGGAGAUGAAACAUUGGAGAGGGAGAGGAAUACUACAGAGAAGGUCGAAUUCCGCGCACCGAGGGAUGGCGAAUGCUAUGCCGGCGAACCAACGUUAUUCUGUAAGGACCUGUGGUGGAACGGCUACGGGCGCAUCGCGGUCGUUCCAUCGGUCAACCUCGAAUACUCCAACGAGGCGGCAGCCAAGAUCAAGCAGCUGAAGGGGUACACGUCGCGAUGGAGGGAGAAGGAAGUCGAGGAGAUGCCGAAAAUCGAUUGGGGCGAAAAUCGAUUGGAUCGACCAACCGCCGGGCAUGAUGAAGUGUAUGCCUGGCCUGGGUGA